UCCGUCCAUGGCUCCUGAUUAGCCGUUUUCCCGGAGUCCUCUUUGGCCGAAAGAGUCUGCUGGCCUCGCAGGCAGAUAUCCCAACUUUCUACACAUCCUGACGGAAUAACCCGCUCCUCUCUCUCGCCCUGAUCCGAUCCACCCGUUUUUUGGGGUGGCCCUAGCCCCUGACAGACGAAUCGAGCCCUAUCCGUUCCCCCUUCGAAUUUACUACUACCGCACUCCCUUACCACCACCGACUAGUUCAUUCAGUCUUUCCAUUCGUUAUACCAAUCUUUGCUCUGUUGAGGAAUUUAACAGCAGGACAAAAUUUCUCUUGUCGGCUGUAUCAUUGUUAUCUCAAAACCGGUUGUACUGUGCACAGAAACGUCGCAUUGCUCCCCCUUUCUACGUGGCUCGAUUGUUGGACUGGGAAAAUCAGCCCCUCUGCAGGAUAAGGGCGGAUUGCCUUCAUUCUCGUUCCCUAUCGCUCUUUUCUAGGUAGCGCAUUUACGCUAUCUAUCAGCUGGACAGGUGAAAAAGCACCUGGGUUUGCGCGGAGGAACUCCUUUUACCACUUAUAGUUUUCUUUUAAGUUCAUUUUUCCAAAAUGUCGAGCGCACCGGUUGCAACCGAUUAUUCCCCUUCGCAGGCGCCUGUGCCAUCAACAGAACCAACCACAGUCGCAGAAACGUCCAUUCCAGCUGCCACCAGCGAAACCCCUGCGAGCAGCGCCGAUCUAACAUCCACCUCCGAGACGCUGCCGCCCACGAUCACCUCCGCUACGUCUACCAGUACGUCGGGAACCUUUACCUCGUCUUCGGAUACUUCUACUAGCACUUCGGAAAAUUUUCCUACUACGUCAAGCACUUCUACCAGCACAACAAGCACUGCCAGCAGCUCGGAAACCUCAUCCACGACUUCCGCACCUUCAACUACAUCAGCUCCGACCACUAGCUCCACUUCGUCAGAACAUGUGUUUACGACUAUGCAUACGGUGACCUCCAGUGGCGGGGGAGCCACCACUAUUGUCAUCACAUCUACAGCAGUCGACACUCAAGCCGGUGCGACCUCGACAGGUGCCUCAUUGACAAGUACUGCUGCAUUAGGCGCACCCACAACUGUACACAAGGGGUCCAGUGGAAUGGGUACUGGAGGCACCGUCGCAGUUGCCGUCGUGGUCCCUGUUGUUGGUGUUGCCUUGAUCCUUUUGGCUGCCUAUUGGUUCUGGAGGAAGCGGAAGGCAACGAAGUUGGCGGAGGAGGAACGACGAAAAGAAGUGGAGGAAUAUGCGUUCAACCCCAACAAUGACCCGACUUUGCCCGCCGUGGGAAUGGUCCAGGAUGACAACUCUGGUUACCGAGGCUGGGGAACAACAUCUAUUGGACGCCACCCUUCUACCAAUCCAUCUGGAGGAAUGACGCAUUCGGACAAUGGAAGCGUGCCAGGAUAUCAUCAUGCUCCUUCUCCAAGCGACGAUACUAUUCAUUUCUCUGAGGGAAAUGACAGGCCGUUAUCAGCAGAGGUGGAGCCUGUUGGUGUCCUCGGUUCAGCCCCAAUCGCGUCCGCGAACAGGAGCGCGGGCAUCAAUCGUGGGCCAUCCAAUGCAUCGUCGGCAUAUUCAACGGCGAACCACUCAGAUGCUUCUGAGGAUAGUCGUAUGUCAGGCGCUCGUCCUUCGGCACAAUUCUAUGAAGAAAAUCCGUAUUACAGUGAAGUUCAGCAGCCAUACGGCUCUUACGGGGAUGCCGCGUAUGGGGGUCAGCCCGUGAUCCGAGAUGUACAAGCCCGACGCAACACUCGGAUUGAAAACCCUGCGGUGUUCCCCAGACAGGGAAAUGCCGGUAUCUCGCAGAAUUUCUAACGAACAGUCUAUCUUUUAUUGCAAGUUUCUUAUAUGUCUAGGUAUAUACCGACCGGUACAGGGUUCGGAAGUGAAUUUUGCGACUUCUUUAAUUGGAGAAUAUCGUUUUUUUUUUCCCCUUGAAAGUGCAUAUCUGUUUUAUAACCAAAAAAUUUUUUUUUUUCAGCAUAUGAGCUUGAACAUUGGCCCAUCUUGGGCCGUCAAGCCGGCUGACUCUUCACAGGGAUCCGUUUCCCAGUUCUCUGUUCAUUAUUGUUCGUCAUUCUUUCAUUUCUGUGUCUGUCUUGUCACUCGACAUGCUCUCCUGCUCACUUUCUUUCCUUUCCCCUGUUUUCUGGUUCCUUCUCUGCCCCUAUGACCUUUUUUUUGCUAUGUUGAUCGCACACUAUGCGAUUUAAUCACGAUCGGCAUAUUUUGAGUCAUCAUGUGCGGUAUAUUCAUUGCAAUGUUAAUUCUUACCCUGUUCAACUUGUUUGUCUUCUGCGCAUUACCCUCCCUCCUGGCCCACUUGGUGACAACAAUCGCGGGCUGCUUAUGACUUUGAAUAUGUUCUCUUUUUUAUUUUCCUCUUUUCCAUUUCUCUUUCAUUUAUUGCAAAUGUCCAUGUCUGGGUGGGUCGCCCAGAAAUGCAUCAUGUCUGUGCCGUGUUGGAUUAUUUGCAUCUAUACCGCUGGCAUUUGACUUGGAUGGCGGAGGAUUGCCACGGUAGGGAUUGAUUUAAUAAUACCCUGGGAUAUAAUUCCCCCUUUUUUAAUUUUUUAGCUUUGAUUCGAAGGAUGCGUGUAUAGUCUCUGAUUACAAUCGAACGGUAUAGCUACUCGGCUUGAGCUUCAGGUACAAAAUAUAUACGUAUACCUAAGCAUGUAACUAGUGCGUGCAGGUCGAUUAAUGUUGGAUCACGUGGGAUUCUGCCGCAUAGGUCCGCCCUCGCUGACCCUUUUCACCACGUAGGCCUAUCUAGCUAG